AUGGCUGCCUCGGACCAGCUGAUGGCCCUGGGCCCCUGGAAGCUCUGGGGGCUCUCUGGCUGCCCUGGCCUGGCAGUGCCUGGCGACUGCUCCUCCUACCACAGCCUCACCACUUCCCGCACCAUGCCCUUCUGCCCCGCCAGGCACCUGAAGAGGAGCCGCCGUCUGCCCCGGGGUGGUGCCGGGGAGCGGGAGAAGGUGCCGGCCAGCCCCGAGGGGCUCCUGCUCAUGGCCAGUUCUCAGCGUACUGCCCGUAGCCUGCAUGCUCACCCUCUAGAACCCUUGCGUCCAGGGAUCUUCGGGCAGCGCCUGGAGGACACAGUGCACCACGAGCGGAAGUAUGGCCCACGCCUGGCGCCCCUGCUGGUGGAGCAGUGCGUGGACUUCAUCCGGGCGCGUGGGCUCAGCGAGGAGGGGCUCUUCCGCCUGCCCGGCCAGGCCAACCUGGUGCGGGACCUGCAGGACGCCUUUGACUGUGGGGAGAAGCCGCUGUUUGACAGCACAACAGAUGUGCACACGGUGGCCUCCCUGCUGAAGCUCUACCUGCGGGAGCUGCCCGAGCCCGUGGUCCCUUUCGCCAGGUACGAGGACUUCCUCAGCUGCGCCCAGCUGCUCACCAAGGACGAGGGGGAGGGGACUCUGGAGUUGGCUGAGCAAGUGAGCAGCCUUCCCCUGGCCAAUUACAACCUGCUCAGUUAUAUCUGCAAGUUUCUGGAUGAAGUUCAGUCCCACUCCAAUGUCAACAAGAUGAGCGUCCAGAACCUGGCAACCGUUUUUGGACCUAAUAUACUUCGGCCACAGAUAGAAGACCCAGUGACCAUCAUGGAAGGCACGUCCCUCGUCCAGCACCUGAUGACCGUCCUGAUCCGCAGGCACAGCCAGCUCUUCAGUGGGAGGGCCCCAGAGGGGCCGGCCGCACCCCACGGGGGCCCACCCUGCACCGUGGGCUGGGGCUCGGAGGAGGUUCCGGGGGACAGCCAGGCAGAGCCCGGGGGCCCCCGCCCGCCCUCACUCAGGACCUCGUCUCUGGACGGGGCGGCAGUGGCCACGCUCUCCAGGAACUCUCCCCGGGGCCCUGGGAAGAGGCUGCAGACCCUGCCCAGCUGGAAGUCCUCCUUCCGGCAGGCCGGGUCUCGGUCGGGCAGCUCGUCCCCGGAGGUGCCCACCGUCUCCUCCGGCGGGAACUGGCUCAUGAAUGGGCUGUCCUCCCUGCGCGGCCGCCGCCGGGCCUCCUCGGGGGACCGGCUCAAGGACAGCGCCUCACAGAGACUCUCCACCUACGACAAUGUGCCGGCGCCCAGCCCCGGCCCCAGCGCGCCCAGCGUGUCCAGCUCGGCCUGGUCGGGGGCCUCCUCCUGCGAGGCCUCCCCGGGGGGCUCCGUCAGCAGCUGCACCGCCUGCCGGGCCAGCGACUCUGCCUGCAGCUCCCUGCACCCCGAGGGCACCCCCGAGCCCUCCCCCGCUCCCAGCAGCAGCGAGGAGCUCAGGUCCCCGAACCCGGGGCGCAGCCUGGAGGAGGCGGCCGUCUGCCUCAGCAGCAGUGAGCCCAGCGAGCCCGGCAGCCCGGCCCGGGACCCCGCGCCCCACUCCAAGGCUCUCCAGGGCCUGGUGGCGGAGCUGCGGGCGGAGCUGUGCCGGCAGAGAACCGAGCACGAGCUGAGUGUGAGAAGACUUGAAGACGGUACCGCCGACCUGAGGAAACGAAUGUUGCGGCUGGAGGAGGAGCUGGACCAGGAGAAGAAGAAGUACACGAUGCUGCAGAUUAGGCUGCGGAACUCGGAGCGGGCGCGGGCGGACGCCGAGAGGAGGAACCAGCUGCUGCAGGAGGAAAUGGAGGAGUUUUUCUCCACCCUGGGCAGCCUGACUGUGGGGGCCAGAGGUGCCCCACAGUGAGGGAGCUCACUGCUCGCCUCCCUCCGCAGGGAGGGGGGGCUGUGAGGAGCCCCGAGCCCUUGCCUCCUGGACCUCGGCAGUGCCUGGUGCCCUGCAGCCAGUGGAGAGGGAGUGUCGCCUCGCGGCCAGGGCAGCCUGACCCCUCAUGCCAUCUGGCUGCUCUGCUGUGACUGGCAGGUGCCAGAGACCACAGGCCCGUGGCCACCAAAACAGAUGACGCCUGGGAUCCAAGGAGCACCCCAGGGACACUGCCUUCUUUAUUAAAUUCGCUCUGCAAGUGG